CGUCCGACAAGGUACGGACAACCCGUGCUCCACGAUCCUGUUAUACACCUACCACGGAAACGUGCGUGUUUUUUUUUUUUUUCACGCAUUCUAAUUUUAUUUCAAAUCUGUGUUGAUAUAGCUGUUUUGAUGCGAGCUAACGGGAUGGCACAGUGUACAUCGGAGAUAUGUUUUACAUCACCGAGGUACGGGGACUCAAUUGUACAAGCUUUCCAACAACUACAUGAAGAAGAUCUAUUCCAUGACGCCAUCUUGAUUUCCAGAGACCACCAUACAUAUCAAGCUCACCGAACACUCCUGGCAGCAUGCAGCGAUUACUUCAAAGCCAUGUUUACAGUGGGUAUGAAAGAAACCAAAGAGAGACGAGUAUACCUUCAGGGUAUACCAUCUGAGGGACUUCGGAUAAUUAUCGAAUUUAUUUAUUCCGGGAAGAUGUUUUUAUCAUUUCAAAACAUUGAACUGGUUUUGUCCAGUGCCGUUCAUUUACAGAUUAACGAGGCUAUAAAUGUGUGCAAGCAGUUUAUGGAGUCACUGAUGUCACCGGAGAACUGCGUGAAAAUCUACCAACUGUCGCAGUUGUUCUGUUUCCCCAAAAUUGAGGAUACUGCAUUAAGAUGCAUUUUGGAAAACUUUAACAUCUCGGCUCGCGAGGCAGAGUUUCUAUACUUGCCUGUUAACGAGGUGGUUGGUUUAUUGGAAAGAAAUGACAUCCACACAUGUCAUGAAAUUGAUCUGUUUCAAAUUGCACUAUCGUGGAUAAUGUAUGACGAGGAGUCUCGUGUAAUGUACGCUGCAGAUCUGAUGAAGCACAUCAGAUUCCCUCUAAUGAGAGCUGAAAAGUUUGAAAAGAUUGUACAGAAUAACAAGAUAAUGCGAGAAGACCCUGUAUGUGCAGAACUUGUUGCAGAAGCUCUCGAUUAUCAGAGUAAUUUAUAUUCCCAAAACCUGAAGCAGAACUGUCGGACUAAGGUUAGAGGAGAUGAGAAGGCAGUAUGUGUUAUAGGAGGUAUGAAGGAAAGGCCAACGAGUCGAGUGACGGCCUACAAAAUUGGCAAAGAGGUCGUGGAGCUUGGAAUGAACGGCAUUUUAAUGCAUGUGCAUAGUGCUGUAAUGAUGGACGGGUUUCUUUAUUGUGCAGGUGGCUGGAGUCUGUAUUCGUCCAGUGAGAAGAUAUUAGCGGCAUCUUAUCGCUAUGAUCCUCGCACGAACAGGUGGUUACGCCUAGCUCCUCUCAAAAUGGCACGGUGCAAUUUCAGUUUAUGUGUACACAAUGGUAAGAUUUAUGCUCUUGGUGGAAUCACCGGAACAAAUGAAACGAACAGUAAAAGCCAACGGACUGGCUCCGUUGAAGUGUACACAGCUCACACAAACACUUGGGAUUAUACAAACUCUCUGAUGGCACCAAUGAGCUGCCAUGCUGGGGUUUCCUACAAGGAUGAAAUCUAUCUAUCCGGUGGGGACGUCUACGUCUGUGGUCGACCGUCCAAUAUGCUAAUCACGUACAAUCCGAAGACGGGUUACAUAUGUGAAAAGUCACCAAUGAAGGUUUCUCGCUAUCUACACGGUAUGUGCGUUCUUGGGGACAAAAUAUACGUCAUGGGUGGCGUAAAUCAGCACCUCGCAGACGCAGUCAGACGUAACAACGAUGGAAUGCUAUGA